AAAGCUCGAUCCCUUCUCAGUAUUAUAGUUUUGCUGAUAAUGAAAAAUCUAAGCACGCGUUGUGCUUUACUUAAAAUUUUAAUUCAGUUUUGAACUUGGCAGAGUGCGCACUUGUUUACAAUACUUAAAAGUACUUUUUUUAUUUCAUGUACUUAAAUGAGGAUUGUUUUUUUUUUUUUUUUGAGUGUAUAAACAAUAUAUUGUUUUGUUAGUUUUUUUAUCAAGAAACACCAAAAUGGCCGAAACUCGACUGAAAGAAGAAAGCCUAGAAACCAAAUUAGAAAAUGAGCUUGUGCCAACUGUCAAUUUGACAGAACCCGAACCAGAAAGCGAGGUUGCCAAAUGGGCCGAAAAAAACAUCAACGAAAGCCCCAACGACAAAUUAGCUCUCAUAGAAGAAUUACGAGACAUGAUUUUUGAAAGAGGAGAAUGUGAGCCUCAUAGAACUGACGACGCAUUUUUGCUUAGAUUCCUGAGGGCCCGCCAUUUUAUAGUCAGAAUGGCUCAUAGACUGAUUGUAAAUUACUACACUUAUAGAGAAACGUACCCCAACCUGUUUUUCGAUAUCGAUUUCGAAAAACUUGUCCAAAUAGGAGAAUCGGAAAUAUUCAGCGUACCACCGUAUUUCGAUCAUAUGGGAAGAAGAAUUUUGUAUUUGAGAAUUGAAAACUGGAACCCGAACCAAUUUAGUAUCGAUGACCUGUUGCAAGCGGUCAUUUUUUUGAUUCAGGCGGCCAUUUUGGAACCCAAGCACCAAAUUAUGGGUGGAAUAUGCGUUUUGGAUGUGGGUAAUAUCUCGACUGGUCAAGCCUGGUAUAUGUCGCCAAGUGUUAUUAAGCAUAUUAUCGCCAUUGCAUAUAAAUCUCUCCCUCAUCGUAUCGAAGCCUUGCACAUAAUAAACGUUUCGAAAGUGUUCGAUUACGCUUUCAGCAUGAUGAAACCGUUUCUUUCUGAUGUAAUGAAAAAAAGGGUUUUCAUUCAUCAGGAUUUAGAAGGUCUUCACGAACAUGUUUCGCCUAAAUAUUUACCUAAAAGAUUUGGUGGAAUCCAUAAAGACUAUCUUUACAACGACUGGUUGAAUAUUUUACAUGAAAACGAGAACUUAGUUGAAGAAUUGGAGUCUUAUGGGUAUCAAGGAGGCAAGGAAUUUCUUAAAAGUCUUAAAAAAUCAUCAGAAGAUGAAAAUGUAGUCUGAUUUUAUAUGAUUAUUGUGACGUAAAAAGACAAUAAAUAAAUUACGAAUUAAUAAAUAAAAAAAUACAUAAAAUGUGAUAUUAUAAAGAAUAGUUUAGUUUGUAUAAGUUUUAAUAAAAAUAUUUAUGCCUUUGUUUUAUUGUAUAUUAUAAAAUAUUAAAUUUUUUUUUAACCAUAUAUUUUUUGAAUCUGGAGGAGCACUAUUCCCCAUAAUUAUUACAGAUUUCUGUAAUAUAUGAUAAAUUUUCAGGCGCCAU